AUGAACGACGCCGACCUAGGCGACAACAUUGACGAGCGUAUCGGCCAGCUCGAACAAUCAAAUAACCCCCGCAGCAAUGAGAAGCGCUUCGCCAACGAUGUCGCCCACCUCGACCCGAGCCGGUGGUGGUUCGCCUCCUCCGCGUUCCCCAUGGUCGCUGGCACCCUCGGCCCCGUCGCCUCUGCCUUCAGCAUCUGCGCCCUCGUCCGGCCUUGGCGACAGCACUACCCGCCGAACACCGACAUCACCGCCGCCCCCUUUGUGCCGGAUCCGAAAUGGCUCAUCAUCGUCAACGCCAUCCAGCUCGCCAUAGCAAUCAUCUCAAAUAUCUUUCUCCUCCUCAACAUGGCCCGCCGCGUCCGCUUCUCCCUGGCCCAACCCAUCACCAUCGUCGGCUGGUACAUGUCGGCCAUUUGCCUCGUCGCUCUCAACGCCACCGCCGCGGGGCCCCUCGUCAUUGAGCCCACCGAGGAGUACAUCUACUCCCAGGCCUUUUACUACGGCAUGUUCGCCGCCAUCCUCUACUUCCUUACCGCCUCCCUCAUGGUCGCCACCGUCUACGGCGCCGCCACCGCCCACUACGCAAAAGACUUCCAGCUCACCACCGCCCAGCGUACCCUCAUGCUCCAGACCAUCCUCUUCCUCUGCUACCUGCUCCUCGGCGCCCUCGUCUUCUCCAACAUCGAGGGCUGGGCCUACCUCGACGCCGUCUACUGGGCCCAGGUCACCCUCUUCACCGUCGGCUUCGGCGACUUCGCCGCCGCCUCGCCCCUCGGCCGCGCCCUCCUCAUCCCCUACGCCCUCGUCGGCGUCAUCUCCCUCGGUCUCGUCAUCGGCUCCAUCCGCAGCCUCGUCCUCGAGCGCGGCCGCCGCAGGCUCGACGCCCGCAUGGUCGAGAAGAAGCGCCGCCAGCUCCUCCGCGCAAUGACCCGCAAGGGCAAGGAUGAGAUCCUGAAGCCCAUCGACCCGGAGACCACCGGAAACUCCGCCCCUGCCUCUUCCCCUUUACCCGUAACGGAGCUCGAGCGCCGCGAAGAGGAGUUCAAGCUGAUGCGCAAGAUCCAGCACCAGGCCUCCACCCGCCGCCGCUGGAUGGCCAUGUCCAUCUCCUUCUCCACCUGGCUCGUUCUCUGGCUCGUCGGCGCAAAAAUCUUCCAGGAGUGCGAGCGGCCCUACCAGAACUGGUCUUACUUUGAAGGCUUCUACUUUGCCUUCGUCACCCUCACGACCAUCGGCUACGGCGAUCGUACCCCCGUCUCCAACUCGGGCAAGGCCUUCUUCGUCUUCUGGUCCCUCCUCGCCUUGCCCACCAUGACGGUGAUGAUCUCCAACGCGGGAGACACCGUCGUCAAGGCCAUCCGCGACGCCACGCUCGAGCUCGGCAACAUCACCAUCCUCCCCGGCGAGCGCGGCUUCCGCAAGGACCUCAAGUCCGUCCUCCACCGCCUCACCUGCGGCUUCCUCUUCCACCCCACCGAUGAGGAGUCCGAUGAGGAGUCCAACGAAGCGUCCAAUGAGGACGAGGACGAUGAAGACGACGACGAAGACAACGCCCUCCCGCCGGGCUUCCUAUCAAACGCCCACCGCAGACCCCAAAACGAAGACGACGACGACGACAUCAACGAGGAAGAAAGCGACGAAAUGGAAGCCUACUCCUCCGUCCCGGACCGCGACCACGCCCGCGCUCCUCCAGCAUUCUCCCCAGAACCCAAAGACUCUCAGGCCCGUCCAUCAAAUCCCGACCGCCAAAUCACUACCAAAAACAACAACAUCAACGACACCACUCGCCGCCGCCGCCCCUUCUCCCGCAUCCGCGACCCUACCUCGGCUCUACCAGCCUCCCGCGCAGACUACCACUUCCUCCUCAUCUCCGAAAUCGCCGCCGUCCGGCAACACGCCAAAGAAAAGCCCGCCCGCCGCUACUCCUUUGCCGAGUGGGCGUGGUACCUAAAGCUCAUUGGCGAAGACGAGUCCAGCUCCGCCACCCACCGCAAGGCGCGCCCGCACAUUCAUUCCAAGAAGAAGAAGAAGAAGAAGCCGACGACGGCCAUGUCCAGGAAAAGGCGCAACGGCGGGACGGUCGACGAGGAGAAUGAGGAGCAGACAGAGGAGCCGGACUGCGCGGACGAAGACAAGUGGUCCUGGGUCGGGUCGCAGUCGCCGCUAAUGGGCAGCCAGGAGGAGUGCGAGUGGAUCCUGGAGAAGCUCACUGAGAAGCUGCGGGACGAGCUCGACGUCGUCCGAGGCGAGGAGCUCGAGAGGAAGAGCAUGGCAGAUAGGGAACAGGAUCUUGCUGAUGAGAGCAAGGGGAGGAGGGAGGUUGACGAGUUGUUUCGCGAGUGA